AUAACAAUACUACAUUGCCAUAUUCUAUUCUUUAAUUAAUUAUAUAACCAUUCAUUAAUUUAAAUUUUAUUUUUUUGUAUAAUUUUUUUAUUUAAAUAAAUUAUAUAUCACUUUUUAUGUUCAUAUAAUAUUUAUAGUCAUUAUAAUAUAUAUUUAUAUUUUGUAUAAAAUAAUAAUAAAAUGACAGGCAGCAAUAUAACAAGCGAAGAAAAAAGAGAAAUUACUACUCGGGUUAUAAGCAUAAAUCAAUUUGAAUCAAUCUUUGAAAAGAAAAUUUUGGAGAUAAAGUCUUUAAAACUGGAUGAAAUCAAGGGUAUAUUAAAAAUAUUAAAAGUAUAUAGACCAACUCAAAAUUUUAAAACAUUUCUAAAUAAACCAGAAUUAAUAAUAGUCUUAAGAGAUUUAGUUUUCUCAGGUGUCUCACCUUACACCCCCUCUACCUUUCUUCCACCAAAAACAAACUCACACAAAUCAUCAGUAAAUCAAAAUAGGAUUCAUUUUUUCCAACAACAACAACAACAACAACAUUUAAAAUACCAACCACUAAUAGAUGAACAACAGAUCUUUCUGUUACAGCAACAGCAUCAUCAUAAUCUUCAUCAUCAACAUCACCACCAAUACAAACUAAACCAAACCCAGGUUUCAGCUUUAAAUAGCUCAUUGCUAAAUACAGCGGAUCUAAUCAAAGAAUUACCACCAUUGAAUUACCAGGACACAUUAUCAUCAUUAAAGAGAUAUUUAAAUGAAGUUCAAGUUCACUUACCAAAACCAGAUUUAUCACUAAAUGAUCCAGAAUACGAAGACAGACAAACUCCAUUUUUAGAAGAGAUUGAUAAGAUUUCAGUUUCCCAAUAUAAAGACUACUGUUCAGUAAAUUUCGACUUUGAUGAUUCAACUUGGAAACUUAUUGAAGAGGUUCAACAAAAGAAAUUAAAAAAUUUACCUUUAGGUGAAAACGAAUAUAGUGUUCAAGUACGUUUAUUCAACAAAAACACUGGUCAAGAUGUACUAUACCAAAAUGAAUUACAUGUAGAUAUCAAUAACAAAACCAUCCCUCAAGAUCAAUUUAAAAAAGUUAGAACUAGAAUUUUCUCUCAACCUUUUGUUAUUCAAAAACCAAUAGAUAUAACUCCCUAUCUUAAGAAAUCAUUAAAUAAAAUAUAUAUAAAUUUUCGUGGCACCUCUGGAAUAUUGGUUGUUCAAUUACUAAAGAGCAUUUCAGCUAAAAAUGUCUGUGAUAAAAUUAAAGAAAGAGCCGAAACCGAACCUUUGGAAUCUGCCGAGAAAAAACAAAAAAAAAGUGAGGAUGACUUAGAAGAAUUGAAUUUUGAUUUGUCUCUAAGAUGUCCACUCUCUUUUAAAAAAAUAGAAUAUCCAGGUAAAUCAAAAAAAUGUACACAUAAUCAAUGUUUCGAUUUAUUAAGUUUUGUUGAAUAUUCAAAUCAGCAACAACUAUGGAAUUGUCCAAUAUGUCAUGUACCAUCACCACCAUCCCAAUUACAAUUUGAUCUUUUCUUUUAUAAACUAAUGUCCUCAGCACCAUCUAAUUGUGAAAUUAUAACAUUAUUUUCUGAUGGUCAUUGGGAAUACAAAAAUGAAAUAGAUUCAGGCAACGAUAAAGAUAGUGAUGUUGAUUCAAAAUAUGAUAAUCAUGACCUUAAUCAAAAAUCAACAAAUUUAAACUCAACAAAUAAUAGUAUUGUAGUGGUAGAUUUAUUAGAUUCAGAUGAUGAAAGUAGUUCUGUGCCAACUUUACCAGCACAAAGACCAACUUUAACAAACAACUCAAUUAGUAAUAUUGUAAAUAAUGAAAAUGAUGAUGAUAAUAAUAUAAAUAUAAAUAAUACAAAUAAUAUACGUGUCAAUAACAUAAAUCACACUAAUAAUAUAAAUUUCAUGAAUAAUGCAGUAAAUAGAGCUCGACCUUAUAAUAGAUACAAUGAAUAUGAAACUGAAGAUGAAGAAUAUUAUAACGAGGAUGAAGAUGAAGACGAAGAUGAAGACGAAGAUGAAGAUGAAGACGAGGAUGAAGAUGACGAAGGUGAAAUUGUGAGUGGGGGAUUUGGGUUUAUGUAUAAUGAUUCGAGUUCUGGAGACGAUUACUAUAGAUCAGCCCCAAGUUAUUCACAUAAAAACAAAAACAACAACAACAACAGCAACAACAGCACCAACAACAAUAACGGAGCCUCCCAUCAAAUUAUCAUUCUUAGUGAUGAUGAUUAGAUAUAUUUAAAAUAUAAAAUAUAAAUUGUGUAAAUAAACCAUAAACUUUAAAAAUAAAAUUUAUAUAUAUUAUAUUAUUUAAAAUG